AUGUCUCCUGCCCGCAAAGCCCUAAUCAGCAUUACCUCUGCCUCAGCUAGCCUCUUCAACGGCAAAGAAACAACAGGUCUCUUUAUCAGCGAAGCCCUACACCCCUACAAUGUUCUCGUCGCCGCAGGCUUCGAAGUCGACCUCGCCUCCGAGACCGGAAGCUACACUCCAGACUGGCUCUCCCAACAACCCGACUUCCUGAACGGCGAAGACCUGAAGACCUGGAACGACGUCAACAGCAGCUUCCGCCAGAAGCUUGACAACAUGCCGAAAGCCGCAGAUGUAGACGGAAGCCAGUACGGUCUGUUCUAUGCCUCUGCUGGCCACGCUGCUCUGAUCGAUUACCCGACUGCCACUUCCUUGCAGAAGAUCGCUGAACAGGUCUGGGCUAAUGGCGGUGUUGUCUCAUCUGUUUGUCAUGGACCUGCUAUCUUUGCCAAUAUUCUUGAUCAAUCGACUGGUGAGCCGAUUAUCAAGGGUCGUCGCAUUACUGGGUUCACUACUGAGGCAGAGAACACCAUGGGGAUUAUGAGUGAUCUGAGGAGCUGGGGUGGGGAGAUGGUUGAGGAGCUUGCUGCGAGACUCGGUGCGAAAUAUGAGCGAUCUGCUGGUAUUUGGGAUGACUUCAAUGUUGUGGACGGCCGCCUUGUGACUGGUCAGAACCCUGCUAGUGCUACUUCGACUGCGAAGGCUGCUGUUAAAGUCUUCGAGACGCUUUGA